AUGGACGAAUGUGAAGAUAUCCAAACUUCGAUAAUCAAUUUACUAAUUGACAUAAAUCAUGGUCGCAUAAAUCCAAAACUAAUAAAACCUUCACAACUUAAUAAAGAAAUUGCACUUAUCAGAAACAAGCUGCCACACAAAUUAGUACUACCUGGAAAACAGUUCGGUAAUGAAUUAAAAGAAAUCUAUAAGUCGAUGACUGCUAAAGGGUUAAUUGUCGAUUCACGACUAGUCAUAAACAUAGAAAUUCCCUUAAUAUCAUAUGAACCGUCAGAUGCAUACAAAUUAAAUCCACUGCCAAUAAAAUACAAAGGGAACAUGAUUAUCCCUGAUAUAAAAGCAGAAUCUUUAGUAUACAAGUUUGAUUUAAAUCGAUAUGUAUUGAUAAACCAAGUCGAUCUAGAUAAGUGUUUAAAAAACUUGGAAGAUCAUUAUCAAUGUCCAGGGAACUGGGCUUGGAAGUCAGCUACGGACAAUUCAUGCGAAGUAGCAGCAUUGAAACAGUUGGAAAAUGAAGUAUGUGGAUUCAAGCCCGCUACAAAUGAAAAUGUUUGGAUUAAAUUAUCUUCUCAAAAUCGUUGGCUUUACAAGUUGUUUAGCAAAUCAACAAUACAUCUAGAAUGUGAUAACAACCAACAAAUGCGAAUGGAAAUCCCUAAUCAAGGCAUUAUCACAAUAAGAGAAGGAUGUACAGCUCGACAUGAAGGAGUAACUUUAACAGCAUCUCAUCACGUACAAUCCGAGAUCAAUAAAGAAUUGCUAUCUUCUUCUUGGGUAAAAGACAUUGAAGAUAUUUCAGAACUGCGAAUUAAACCUUUUGAUUCGACCUUAAUAAACAACACCAAAGAUAUCCUAACACUCAAACAGCAAAUAGAAUUUCUCAAAAAAGAAAAUAUCAAAUUGAAGGGUAUCAAUUUUCAUCACGUUAGUGAUCAAAAUGUAAAAGAAGAACUGUUGUGGCUGUUACAUUUGAACUACCAGUUAGAUAUAAUCAUAAUUAAGUAA